GAAAUGACUUGUGGGAUGCGAAGUAGCCGGCGGCAAGAGAGGCAGAGGAGGUUGAUUGACACACAGAGAAACGUCAGGGAGCGUAGCGGGAAAUAAAAUAAGGAGAGUUAUAAAACAUCCAGCUUUACGGUUAAUUUAAAGCCUCGCAGACAUUUCGAUCUGCGCACACAAACAGCGGAUACCGAGCGGAAGAAAAAAAAAGUUCAGAUCCCACGAAUCAGCGCGUGGGAGUGGGAAGCAGGAUCGUGACUGACUGAGGCAAGCUCCACUGUCUGUCUCGUUAUGGCAGGUCCUGGAGGUGACAUGCAGUGGUGCUUCUCUCAGGUGAAAGGAGCAAUCGAUGAUGACGUAGCUGAGGCGGACAUUAUAUCUACAGUUGAAUUUAACCACACAGGGGAGCUGCUGGCCACAGGAGACAAGGGUGGACGCGUAGUCAUCUUCCAACAGGAAAUCGAGAACAAAAAUCAGCCUCAGUUCCGGAGCGAGUACAAUGUUUACAGCACUUUUCAGAGCCACGAGCCAGAGUUUGACUACUUGAAGAGUUUGGAAAUAGAAGAGAAAAUCAACAAGAUUCGCUGGCUUCCUCAGAAGAAUGCUGCUCAGUUCCUGUUGUCAACUAAUGAUAAAACGAUUAAAUUGUGGAAAAUCAGUGAACGAGACAAGAGGCCAGAGGGCUACAAUCUCAAAGAGGAGGAUGGGCGCUACAAGGACCCUAACACUAUCACAUCUUUGCGGGUACCAGUUUUAAAACCCAUGGACCUCAUGGUGGAAGCCAGUCCACGGAGGGUGUUUGCCAACGCUCACACCUACCAUAUCAACUCUGUCUCAGUCAACAGCGACAACGAGACCUACCUGUCUGCAGACGACCUCCGCAUCAACCUCUGGCACCUCGAGAUCACUGACCGCAGCUUCAAUAUUGUUGACAUUAAACCGGCUAACAUGGAGGAACUUACAGAGGUGAUCACAGCAGCAGAGUUCCACCCUCAUCAAUGUAACACCUUCGUUUACAGCAGCAGCAAAGGAACCAUCCGACUGUGUGACAUGAGGGUUUCAGCUCUAUGUGACAAGCACUCAAAGUUGUUUGAGGAACCAGAAGAUCCAAGUAAUCGCUCCUUUUUCUCUGAGAUCAUAUCAUCAAUCUCAGAUGUUAAAUUUAGCCACAACGGACGCUACAUGAUGACUAGAGACUACUUGUCUGUAAAGAUUUGGGACCUGAAUAUGGAAACCAGGCCUGUGGAGACAUAUCAGGUCCAUGAGUACCUGAGAAGCAAGCUGUGCUCGCUAUAUGAGAAUGACUGCAUCUUUGACAAGUUUGAAUGCUGCUGGAAUGGCAAUGACAGUGUGGUGAUGACCGGCUCAUAUAACAACUUCUUCAGGAUGUUCGAUCGCGGCCACAGACGGGACGUGACAUUGGAGGCGUCCCGUGAAAACAGCAAGCCCAUGCAGGUCCUGAAGCCCCGCAAGGUGUGCACAGGCGGCAAACGCAAAAAGGAUGAAAUCAGCGUGGAUAGUUUGGACUUCAAUAAGAAGAUCCUGCACACUGCCUGGCAUCCCCAGGACAACAUCAUUGCGGUGGCAACGACCAACAACCUCUACAUAUUCCAGGAUAAAGUGAACUAAUUGCAGGGUGAGCUUGUCACAUCUGGCGCGGGUGAUGUCAUUUGUAACCACCCGCAGCCUCACAGCCUCAUCCAGGGCCAUCUGUGGUGGUAAUGCCAACAACCAGCAUCCCUGUCCGGCCCUACUGAGUGACCAGACUUUGCCACUAGAUGUGGACAGAGGAGGACUUGCUUUUGCCCAUCAUCAGUCUGUCUGUGGCAGAGUGAUGCCUGCCUUGUUGUUAAGUGAUGUUGUGCCAAUUUCUUUCUCUUCAUCAUCUUUUUUUUUUUCUUUUGCCAACCCGCCUGCCCUUUACUUUUCUAAUGUGGGUGAAACAAGUUUAAUUUCCUUAAAUUUCUGAAUACAGACACACUUAUUUUUAUAAAUACCCCCGUCCCCUAAAAUGGUAGAAAAUGAAAAACCCCUAGUUUGUCCCAUUAUUAUCCUGUGCCAUUGUAGUGUUUACUUUUCUAAGAAAAGUUUGACCUUUGUUUUGUGUACACUUUUUUUUUUUUCACAAAUUCAUCAGUUCUGCUGUCUGUUUUUGAGUGUCUUCACAUUUCCUUUUUUUCAUUAAACCAUACAUUCAUCACAACUUGCUGCUCAUCUUGGACACAUCCAGGAUUUUGAGAAGUACAGUGGUUUUUUCUUUUUUUUUUUCUUUUUUUUGCUGCUUUCUGGGGGUUGUUUUUUUUGUUUUGUUUUUUGUUGUCCGCUCAGAUUUGGUCCAGUGAGAUUUUUGUUCUGCUUGCUGUUUGUCACUGUGCCUCAAGCUCUGGUUGGCCAAACAGGCCCAAACUCAGUAAGAGCUCCUCCUUUGGUUUUUUUUUUUUUUUGGUGUUUUUUUUCUUGUUUUUCUCCCCCUUGGGUGUGUGUGAGUGUAUCGUGAUAUUUUUGUGCAUCGGCUCCUCUUCCUCCUGUUUUUUUUUUUUUUUUUUUUUUUUUUUUCUUUUUUUGUUUUCUCUUGUCUUCAAUAAUAGUCAGGUAUCAGAGAAGGCCUAUUCAAAGAUAAUUAUGAUGGUCAUAUUUAUAUUAAAAAGGUUAAAGAGUCAACAGGUUUGUUCCGUCCUAUUUUGUGAGAUGAAGCCUAACCUCGAAACGUGACUUUUUUUUUUUUUUUUUUUUUUUUUGAGGGGGGGAUGGCUUUUUACCCCCCCAAUCCUGUACCACAACAUUCAGCUCAAGCUGCACUUCACAACAGGGAAUAACAUCUAAUUUGACACUGGACUUUGUUGCUGCACCAACUCAAGUAUUUGGAUGUCUGUGAUGUGAGACUGCAAUUUUUUUUUUUUUUUUUUUUUAAAGAAAAGAUUUGAGGCAUUACAGUGUUUAAACUACUGCAGACGUAACUGAUACUGUAACUGUGAUGGUGCAAUGAGCCUCACAGAAGAUCUGCAGCACUUGGAUGUCUCCACACCCUAUUUAAAAAGUGGACACUUAAGAGUAUAUUGAUGCCUCUAGUAAUGUAUAACUACAAUUUUAAUCAAUGACAGUGGGGGGAGGGGAAAAUAAAGGAACUACUUUUUGCAUCCUUGUGAAUGCUUGGUUGUUGGUGGGAUCUCAUCACUGCUCAACUGAUGUUAUGCUAAGCGUUACAGCUGGAUUAUCACAGAGCAUUGUUGUUGACCUCAUUAAACUCCUUCAGUUGGUAAGGGGACUUUUUUUUCUUUUUAAAGCUGUUGCCCCAUCAUUCACCGUGCAAGACGUACGUGCAGUUGCGAUUAAGGGAAUACUUGAUGAACGUGAUAAAAUUCAGCCGCUGAAAGUUUAUUGAAAUCAGCUGAAAGGGUGUCCACUUGCUGAAAGCCGGUAAUAAACAUUCAUCUGGCUCGUGGCUUGACCGCGUGUGUACGUGGGGGCAUACACGUCCCGUCCUGCAUGGCAAACGCAGAGCCCGUGAGCAACAAAUCCCGAUGCUUAAAAAAAAAGAGAGAGAAUUUUUAAAAAAAAAAUACUUCGGAUCUUCUGUUUUCCAAUUAUUGAUGCACGUAAUAUCCUGAGCUUUUGUUUUGUUUUUUUCCGCCUCGUUAUGUCGACUCGCCCUCUCUUCUCGCUUAUCAACGGGAGGCUGUGAUGUCAUCACCCAGCUUCCCGGAGAGAGGGAGGGAGCGAAGGCGUGAGCGGGCUCGCGAGGAGACUGGCUGCUUCCAGACCAGCUAACGCUCGAAAACAAGCGACAGCUGUGCUGUAGCUUAGCUAGCUGCUGUCCCCCUCAACCCCCAUCUUAAAGAAAAAAAAAAAACAAAA